AUGGUCCAGUUCGGCUGCCAGCAGACGCUCGAUGGCCACGUUAUCGCGCUCCUGCUGCUCGUCACGUUCGUGUGCCUGGCGCCGAGCGACGGCGAGACACAUGCGCGACGCGUCCUGCUUCUCUUCCUUGUGCGCGCGCUGGAGUGUAUCGACUGUGCGCCGCCUCAUUUGGCGGCCCUCGAGGCGCGACUGCGCGCCGUGCUACACGCGUAUCCGACAACGCGCGAGAAACUGCUCACGUAUCUGCACAUGAGUUUUGCCGCGCUCGAAAGCAUGGACGGCCUCACGGACCUUAUGCACGCAAAUGCGAUGUGCCCCAUGCUCCUGGAUCGGCGCUCGUACCUUGGUCUCUUUGUGCGGCGCGCGCGUCUUUCGUACGAGAUGCUCCUAGAUCACGAGCGCACGGAGCUCGUCGCCCUGUGUCGCGCAUGGCGCGAUGGCCGCGAGUCGGCCCUGAUUGACGAGUGGCAAGGUACGUCUUCGCGGCUCACACAAGUGCAAGCGCCUGCGCGCGCCUUUCGACAGUGGCGCGAGAGUGAACGCCGCGGCGACUAUACCGCGACGAAGAACGAUCUGCGCGCGUUCUUCGAUUAUACCCUGCCGGGGUGCGACCAGGAGCUGCAUCAGCACGCCCUGCUCAACCUCGCGCGCUUCCACAUGCACACCGAGGGCUGGGAUGCCGCGCGCACCGCCCUCGACGAGGCCAUUCUCCUCGCACGCACCGUCGGCGACGCCGAGUGCAUGCGCGCGUGUGACCGUCUGCUUGACCAGCUGUCCGUGCUCGAUCCUGUUGCGCACGACGAUCGGGGUGGCGUGCUGACCCAGCCUGAGGCGCCUGACACGCUCAAGUGUGGCGCGUAUGCGCCGCUCACUCUGUGGAAGGCCGAGCAGGACCGGCUGCGCGGGCGGCCGCUCUUGGCGAUCGUGCACUCCCUCUACGAUACCAUUUGGGCACCCCGCGCGCCCUUUGCACGCAUGGAGCCGACGUGGGAGCCGCGGCCCAGCAUCGAGCGGUGCGCGGCGUGCCCGUCGGCCGUGCUUGCGCGCGUGUGGCUGCAGCUGGGCGAGCCGCGCCUGGCCGAGGCGUACAUGGCGCACGUCGAGCGUCUCGGGCACAUGGCGCCGCCGGCUGGCUAUGAUGCCCUUGCGCUCGAUGCGUGUGCGACUGGUGCGUACCGCGAUGCUGAGCGCGGCGCCUAUGCAGCGGCAAUCGCCGCGCUCGUCGCGCCGGCACAGCUCGAGCGGAUCACGUCGCAGGCCCUAUGCAAGGAGUGGCAAGCGGCCGUAUGGCGCGUUCUGUGGCUCCGUGCGCGACGCCAGGGGCAUGUCUCGACGCUGCGGCGUCUUGCAGCACUGUGUCCUGGCGUCGGCGAGUGGCAUGCGACACUCACGCCUGGCCCCAGUGCCGCCGAGUGGCUCGCAGAGGCGCAGUCGAUGCGGGAUGCACAGCAGCCGCACCAGUGUUUGGAUCCCCUGAUGAAGGCGAUCGCUGCGAGUGGUGCACAGCAGCUUUACCCCCUGCAUCGCACGGGCCUUGUGCAGCUUGCCGAGGUCCAGGCGCUUGCGCUGGCGAUGAGCACCGAGGCCAAGGCCGUGCUCGCGCAGGUGCGCCCCCAGGCACUCGCCGACGAGAAUGGUGAGCGCCGCGCCAUGUUCUACAUGGCCGAAGCCAAGCAAGCACUCGCUUCGCGCGAUGUGACGCACGCGCGACGCAGCUUGGCGUGUGCGUCUGCCGACUGGGCACGCGUAGAGGCGUGGAGCGCCCAAGCAACGAGCGUGUACCUGGAGCGGGCGCUCGCGCAGCAUGCAGGCGAUGAUGCUGCGUACGCGAAGCUAUGUGAUGAGCAUGACCGUGUCGCGGCGCGCGUGCGCGACGCAGAGACCGCGCCGUGCGAUCCGCUUGUGGCGCAGGUGGAGCGGCUCGUGCGCCGCUUGAGCGAGCGGUGUACAGGGUCUGCUUAG